UCAGAUUUAAACCUACAUCAAGUAUGGAUCUGAGUUAUAUCAUCCCUGACAACCUGUUGGCAACCUGGGAACACACGUAUAUACGCAUGUCUGGGACACAAGCCAGCCCAGAACUACCAAUGCACAUUUCUGAAACUAGAGUUGAUAUGGUACUCUUUCUACCCCUCCUUUUCUAUUCUUUUAUUUAAAUAACUUCAUUUGUUCCGAUAUCAGAGCAAGGGGGCGAGUAUAGGGAAACAUGCCUGAUGGAAAGAUCCUUCCACAACUUUCCAAAACCACAGAGUGCACAUCUCGGUCCUGAUCUUUUGGGAGGUACUGUGACGUGACCAGCAAUCUCUCACACAGAGGCCGUGUGUACCAGGCAACACAAGCUGGCAUCCGCUUCUCUGCCAGGGGUAAUUAACUUCCUGAUGUGGGGGGGUGGGUGAGCCUGCCUGCUUCUUUGACUUGCAUUGCCGGAGAGUUUGAAGGUUAAAGCUGAACUCUGGUGGAUCUGGCGCUCAGCCCCCGCAUCUUUCUGAUUCAGUUGCAUCUCCUUUUUCGCACUCCUGCUCCAGCAUUUUUUCAGGAACCGCUUCUCGGCUCUGCACCCUCUGCCAGGACACAACCGUGGCACUGGCAAGCAGCUCCCUGCCAGCACAGAAGACAGAAAACCAACAGCAGCACGACACGAACACUAGAAUUAUAUCAGGCUGCGAAGUUUCUCUUUUAUUAAAGUAAAAAAAGCCAACAACAACAUGCAAAGAGCAGGCGGGCCCUCUGCCGCUCCGCCCCACGCCUUCAGUUUCGAUUCCUGAAGGCAAGAGACUGCCUCGUCGCCUGCCUCCUUGUCUCCCGAGGCAGAAAGGCAACGAUGAGCGACCCGGUGGUGUGCAGCUUCCUCACCAAGACCCUGUGUGCCCAGGGCGGCCGGCUGGGGCUCACGGAGCUCCGGGAGCACAUCGACCUGUCGGAGCAACAGCUGGUGGAGACGCUGCAGGCAGCGGGGCCCCGGCGGUUCCUGCUGACUAGAGAUGAUGGCCUCCCCGCCGAGGUGCUGGCCAUGUCGGAUGUGCGGGUCUGUGUCCUCAAGGAGUGCCAGGGCUGCGACCGCCUGCACCUCUGCAAGCUGCACCUCAGGGGCAAGUGCAACCUGGGCCCCAGGUGGGCACCCUUGGCCGGGGGGCGGCUGUGGGGCAGGGGGGCACCUCUGUCUGCUCUGUGGGUAUGUGGGUGUGUGGAUGGGUGAAAUGUUGUGCCAAGGGUGAGGCGAAAAGCAAAGCGGCCCUGAAAGACAGGUGCUGCUGGGGAUGGGGCUUUAUUUCCUGUCCGCAGCACCCCCUUUUCUGCCCUUGUUGGGGGAUGCGAAGGGCAGGCCAAGCAGCCUUUCAGGGGAUUUGUUUUCUUUCUUUUUCCUUCCCUGGGGCUAACCGAAUGUGGUAGCUAUUAGCUAAGUAAAUAAACAAACAAAAAAGUCAGGAAAAUGAAACACAAAUGCAGAAAUGAAAAUGGAAAGCGGUUCAAUGAGAAUGAACUCGAAAGAAGAAUUUCCUGUCAGAGGCUUCUGUUGCAGCUCUUGGUCCUGGGGUGUUAUCACACCGGACUUCUGCCUCCACAAAGCAGUUCCUCACACGCUCAGAUGGGAAGGAGUUGGAGGGGAAAGGCCCGAGCUUGUAGGUACUCUCAUGACAUCAGCAGCGCUGAGAACAAAAAAGUCCUAAAGACCCAUGAGUUGUCUGGCCUCAGUGAGGAUGAGCUGCGAGUCCUGCUUCUCCAAAAUGACCCUUUCUUCCUUCCCGAUGUAUGCCAAUUUUACAACAGAAGGGAUGGUGUCUGCAACCAGAAAAACAACUGCAGCAGGCUUCAUAUUUGCCGACACUAUCUCCAAGGGAAAUGUAAAUUUUUUGUAUGCAAGAGGUCCCAUAAGCUCUUGGAUGAACACCCACGGAGAGUGUUGGAAACUGCAGGCAUUGAUGCGAAGAUAGUUUCAAACUUCCAAAUUAUAUAUGAUCACAAGCAUGUGGAGUUCAACAAGGAACAGAACAAGGAGAAAACUAAAUCCCAUCGUCACUUCCGUGUUUACAACUACAAGCGAGUAGAAACUUCAAGGAAAAAGCAGGCAGAUACAAACAGCGAAGAACAGAAGCUACCUUUAGAAACCACAAUGGGCUCCGGGGUGCAUGUACCACCUUCAAAAGAUCCCAGUAGCAACGAACCUCCUCAGAGCCGACACGAGUUGCCAGCAGGUGCCAGAGGUAAAGAUGAAGGUAAAAAAGACGAUUCCUCUGCGAACACUUUGAAGGACAAGAAGGAAGAUAACAGUGAUGAGAUCUGCUUGUUCUAUGUCUGGAAGUACUGCAAACAUAACGACAAAUGCAGAUCGAUUCAUUACCAUUUGCCAUAUCGAUGGCAAGUAUUUAAUGGGUUCACCUGGAAUGACCUUUCCAUGAUGGAGGAAAUUGAAAAGGCCUAUUGUGACCCAAAAAUGAACAGUAUAGCAGAUCAGAACAUUAAUUUCCAAACAAUGACCUGCUCCUCUUCGUUGCUUCGACGCCUCUCUACACCAUCAUCUGUCACACAACCCAUGUUUGUACUGACUACAAAGUGGAUUUGGUAUUGGCAGAAUGACCAAGGCCAGUGGAUUGAAUAUGGAGAACAGGGAGAAGGUGAUGUUGUGAACUCGCCAUCUUCUGACAUACUUGAGAAUUUGUAUCUGGCAGAUCCAGAUGCCACCGUACCUUUCCAGGCUGGCUUGUAUGGUUACCAGCUCAAUUUUAAAGAAAUGACCCAGACAAACACUUCUUCUAAAACUAGAAGACGGGUCUGUAGGCGACCAAAGUUUGUGUCUUAUGAAGAAGUGCAGAAGAUAAAGCAAAGCAGUCAGAGGGAUUCUUCUAUUCCAAAUCAAGCCUGUCCUCCCCACUGGGAUCCAUUUGCCUUGCCUGACUCAAAAUACAAGGCAGUGGAGAUCAGUAACAUAUCCUCUGAAUACAAAGAAAUAAAGAAGCAGUUUGAGCAGACUAUGAAAACCUACAACAUCGUUAGAGUACAAAGGAUUCAGAAUCCAUCACUCUGGAAAGUAUUUCAGUGGAAAAAGGAGCAAAUGAAGAAGGAAGCUGGAAAGAAGGAAGUAAACGAAAGGCUCCUGUUCCAUGGAACCAAGGGUGCCCACCUGGAAGAUAUCUGCAUAAACAACUUUGACUGGAGAACUUGUGGAAGCAAUGGAGCCAACUAUGGAAAGGGAAGUUACUUUGCUAGAGAUGCUUCAUAUUCCCAUGAAUACUGUCAGUCUGCAGUGAAACCAAACGUCAUGUUCAUGGCUCGUGUAUUGGUUGGAGAUUAUGUUCGAGGCAGGGCAGACUACGUUCGCCCACCAACAAGGUCUGCUGACGGACUUUGGUUUUAUGACAGUUGUGUGGAUAACGAGUUAAAUCCCUCCAUUUUUGUUAUCUUUGAAAAAAAUCAAAUUUACCCAGAGUAUCUGAUAGAAUAUAAGGAGGCAGAAAAAAAAUGUAUUAUAUCUUAAAGUGAUCAGAGCUGUUUGUAUCCCUCAUGUUAUCUUCCAAAUUGCAGGUGUUCUCAUAUUUCUUUUUAAUACAACAUUUUUGAAUGUUAAUCCAAAGAAUUUUUGUGUUGAGGAGGACUGGCAAAACAGAUGUUAUAUCUGUUGAGACUAAUUUCCUUGUCUUCUCCCUUUCUCUCCCAAAUGAAGCAUAGACAUUUGGAUAACCAUAGCAGAAAAAUCAGAAUCAUGGGACAGGAAAUUGAAUGCUACAACUUCUGUGGAUAAAUAAUUGUAAACACAUUUUCUUGGAAAUAGAGUAGAGAGGAUUUCUCUUUAUAAACAGGUUUGGUUAAGAGAAUAAUUAACGGUAUGGUAGUUUUUAAGCUUUCUGUUUUUUAGCAGUUCUCAAGAUUCUAACAGCAUUUUGCAAUGCUGAAGGCUUUGUAGAGACUUGAAAAUUCUUUUCAGUGCAGAAUAUGACUGUACUCGAUCCUCUUGUCUAUCAUGAAUCUAAACAAAUCAGUGUAUGUAAGAAUGACUUAGUUUUCAAAGUGCUGUUUGUUAAUACCAGUACUAGUUUCAAGUUUAAAAUGGUAAAACAAAGAAUGAAAAGUUUAGUUUAAUUUCACGUUGUAAAUUCUCAAUUGGAGAAGUUUCGUCUGUACAACGGCAGCUGCUGUUUUGAUCAGGAAAUUGCUGGAUCAAAUUCUUUUUGCAGAUUUGCAGUAACUUGCUCUGUGACCUAUAAAGAAAUACAUCUGGAGUGAAACUAUGAAAAUCACAACCUGUGAAUAAGCUAAACUAAAAUUUGGUGGUUUGGCUGCAGCUAAUGGUUGUACGUACAUAAAGGCUGUGUGACAGUCAGCUAGGCUUUCAAGUGAAUGUGGCCAUGUACUUUCUCACUGUGAACACUUGCUUAGCAAAUGCUGUAGGACCAGAGAAACAUCUUAAGAAACAUUGAUCUUUUCAGUCCUACUUGUGUAUGUUAAUUUUCGUUUUUCCCAAAAUAAAAAAUAACUGGAAGAGACCAGUUAUUUUAUCUUGAGGCCAGUGGUAGAACUACUGGCCUAAGGUAUUUCGUAUAUGUGUUUUGUUGCACACAGUGCAUUCAUUUGAGAAUUCACUGUCAAGUGUAGUUCCUCUUAGUACUUCGAGCACAGUGAUCCUGGAUACUGAUUAAUUUGGUCCAUUUAUUUUUUUUUGUCUUUGUCAGUGAGGUACAACCAUACUAACAGUGGUUAAACCCUUUUAAUUAAGUUAGAUGUUUUUUCUCACCCCAAAAGGAUAAUGUCAUAUAGAGAUUCUACUGAAUUUUACUAAUGAAUUUGUAAGUAAAUUGAAGAAAGUAGAAAGAUAUUCUUCUGUAGAAAGAUAUUCUGGCAGUGUAGCUAUUGAGAGAGAAACUGUUGCUGAGGCUAAAGAAAGACUAAUGGUAAUUUAAGAUAAGCUUUACAAUAACAUGAAUAGCUUCCUAGUAAUUUGCAUCUUGAACACAAGUCUGUCAAUCCUGUGUACUACUCAAAUUCUCAAAGUUACCCGAGAAUGGGAAAAUAUAUAGAACUAGUAUAUCUUAUUAGAAUGACUGUUUUAGAACUAAAUGAAAACAUAUCAAUAAUGCACUAAAUGGGAAGGUUUUACCUAUAUUCAAAUUCUCUCACUUUUGGUUUGCCUGUAGAGUUCCUAAAUCACUGGGUUUUGGCAUGUUUGCAAAUAAAAUGUGUUUUCAGUCACUUUUCAGCUUGUUAAUGUGCAGUUUGUCUCUAUGUGUAAAAGGAUGGCAAAACUCAACACAUCUAGUAAACUAGCUAC